GUUGGGGUGGGGGGUUGAGGGGGCAUCAGUGGGCUCGGGUGCCAGUGAAUGUUGGGGUGGUGGGUGCUGGAGGGUCCCGUGGGUGCCCCCUCACCCCUGUCCCUCCCCCAGGCUGACCAGCUUAGCGAGGAGCAGAUCGCAGAGUUCAAGGAGGCCUUCUCGCUCUUCGACAAGGACGGGGACGGCACCAUCACCACCAAGGAGCUGGGCACUGUCAUGCGCUCCCUGGGCCAGAACCCCACCGAGGCUGAGCUGCAGGACAUGAUCAACGAGGUGGACGCUGACGGCAACGGCACCAUCGACUUCCCCGAGUUCCUCACCAUGAUGGCGAGGAAGAUGAAGGACACGGACAGCGAGGAGGAGAUCCGCGAGGCUUUCCGUGUCUUUGACAAGGACGGGAACGGGUACAUCAGCGCAGCGGAGCUGAGGCAUGUGAUGACCAACCUGGGGGAGAAGCUGACGGACGAGGAGGUGGACGAGAUGAUCCGAGAGGCCGACAUCGACGGCGACGGGCAGGUCAACUACGAGGAGUUUGUGCAGAUGAUGACGGCGAAGUGAGGGGGGCCUGAGGCCACCGUGACCAGCCCCCCGGCUGCCACUGCCUGUCCCUGCCACCAUGAUGACCUCUGGUCCACCCCCUGGCACACCAGACCCACCAGAUAGGGACACCCAUGGGGCUCUGGGGGGAAGGAAACCCCACCAGGAUAGAGGGUCCCCAAAUCUUUGGUGGGAGGGGCAUGGGGGGGCACCCCAUUGCCACAGUUUGGGGAGGUCUGGGACAGGUCCGGGGUCCCCCUCCCCAGGACACAGCAGCCCUCCACACACCCCCCCUUGCCCCAUCUGGGGGCAUUUCAGUGGGAUUUGGAGUCUGAGGAGGGUUGGGGAUCCUUGGGGGGUGGGGAGGGGGGGGGGGGAAUGGCCCGGGUCCUGGUUUUCAGGGAUUUUGGGCUUUGGUGGGGGUGGGACCAGGCCCUGGGGUUUAUUUUUGGGCAUUUUUGGGCAGGAAGUGGGGUGCUGGAAGCCCCCCCACCCCUAUCUGCGUGUUGUUGAAAUAAACCAGUGGUUUUGCAA